AUGUUCGUGCGGUCGCCAUGGUCGCGUGCAUCGAAGCCGACGCGCCACACGUGGAUGGCGCUGAUGAUGGAUGAGUGUGCCACCAUGGAACCGUUGCACAUUGCCGUCUUUGUACAGCGCACCUUCGAAGACAGCUGCCAGGUGCCAGCUAAGGAUUCGCCGGGGCGGCCGGGAAGCGUCGCCAACUGUGGCACGCAGUCCCCAGUCGUGGCGCAUCUGAGCUCCUCGUGUGCCUCUUCUUCGCCGUGGACGGUAUCUGGGCCACCGUCCGUGUCGAUUGCCGGUGUGCCGGCAGCGAAGGCGCGCGCGUGGGGUGCAGUGGCUCGCCUUCUGUGCGAGAGCGGCGACUGGGUUCGCGCAGCUGCUGUCGUCGAUGGGCUUCCUGUAUCUGUACAGCGGACUACCAGGCACAAGGCGGUGCGAGAUGAGUGGCCGCUGCCACCUUCCGUGAGAGAGUUGUGGGGGUGGGCACCGAAUGCCCUGACGGCAAAACAGGCGAUGGCAGCAGCGCCGCUCUCCUCCACCCCUGCCAAAACCGCUGCGGGACCCGUCCAGAGUUUUGCCUCAAAGCCGCGUGAGGCUCUCGCCGCUUGUCGCACCGCCGAACUUGUGCGCGUGGCCUACAGUUUGAGCCGGCCGCACGCAAUAGACGCCGCGUCAACCCUCUCGACCGAUGCGCCGGCGGCAUCCCUGCGAGGGCUCAAGUCGGAGCAGCAGGCGAUUGUAGCGGAGCUGCGUCGCCGUGGUGCCGUGCUAGAAGUGGUGCAGUGCGUUGUCAACUGGCAGCGGCGGCACCUCGCACUCACCGACACGGAGGAGGCGACCACCGCCACGUCAGCCGACACACGUGCUGGCGCCUUUGACGGGCUGAAGGCGGUGAAGACGGUGCUAUUCCCCUUUGCGCCCCCCCGCGGCGCUGGCGGCGGUGCACGUCAGCUGAGCGGUGCGGCGAGUACCGUCGAUUCUGUGUUUGAGCCUCGCUCAGCGGAAAGGAGCGGUCGGCCGCCAUUGUACGCAUUCGCGCAUCUGCAAGUGAUCCGCCAGGUGGCUGCCAGCCACCCCAUCCUGCUCGCCCGGUGCCUGCGAGACAGGACCGUCGUGGAUCGACUGCUGUGCCACGCAGGUGAGGGGGCUGCUGUGGAGGUGGCCCUGUUGCUCAUGAAGUGCAUCGCAGGCUUAGGCAGCGGCGGAACGGAGCGAGGACCGCCGGUGCAGACGCCUCUGGGCGAAGGUGAAGGCGUUGGAGCCGAGUUCACGACGGGGUCUGCCGCGUCUCCGCGUCUGCCAAUGUCACGCACAGCCAACCCCAGUGUGUCUGCCGCUGCCGGCACCGCAUCGCUGUUCUCGCAGGCCGCGUCGAUGCCCACGCCAUGCGAAGACGUCGCAGCUGCGGAGACGUGCUGGCGGGCACUGGCGGCGCUGCUCUUCCCUCUCCACCCGUACAUCCAUGCCCAAUCUAAGACCGGCAAGGAACAGCUUCUGUCAGCCUUGCUGGCCGCACUCCACGGGACGAAGCACACGAUCGCUGCGGACCGCGUGCACUCCAGAGCCACGUCGAGCGCCGCUGGCCGCGGGGUCUCUGUAUCGCUACGGGCACAGGGCGGCACGAGGACACAUCGCGGUUGCAGGACGCCUGCCGUGCUUUCCGACAAGGCGCGCUAUGCCGUCAAGGCUGCAGUGGAGUCGGUGUGCUCGCCGCUACUGAGCCACGAGCCGCAGGUGCGCUUUAUUCGCCUACCCAUGUUUGGCCAGCUGGCGAAGGCUCUCGGCGAUCUGGGCGUGCCUGUGCCGAACGCGCUGGCUCAAUGUCUGUUCCUGUGCAUGGCAGACACGGUGGCGCCACCAUUAUCUUUGGGCGCUUCGGACGCCUCUAGCGAUACUGUGACCAAGUACCUCUCUGACGCCCCGUCGAUUCGCUGGCUGCACGCGCUAGCCAUGCUGGAGGCCGCCCAUGAAACGUCAGCGUACCGUGUCUCCGCCGCUCACGAGCGUGCGAUCCUCAGCGGACUGCAGAGCAUCUCCAUCACGCGCACGUGGACCUCUGCCCUGCGCACUGUUGCCGCCUUCGAAAUGAGUUACGACGUAAAGCCGGACGAGCGCACCCUGCCAACGCUUCUCCUCAACCUCAAGCAGCAGUCGUGGCAGGACGCCUUCCGCGUGCUGCGGUACGUUCCUGGUGGUGAGGCUGACCAUGCCUCGCCGUCGAUCUUACGAGACUUGCAGCUGGUCGCACUGAAGCACGCUUCGUGGGUGGUUCCACUGCGCCUCAUGACGCACCUGCAGCACCGCCAGGCGGACGGCUUCAUGAACUACCUCUACUGCUUGUGUGCGGCAGCCCGCGGUGGGAGGGUAGAGCUGGCUCUGCACUUCUUUCGGUCGCUGAGGCACGGGCGAGGCCGGCACUCAGCUUUGCUUUCUCUCUCGCCGUACAAUGAGCUGACGGUGGCUGUCGCGGCGGUGGCGAUGCUGGACUACGACCAAGCAGAGGCGCUGGUAUCCUUCAGCGCGCGUGUGGCAGUCAUGCGUGCGGCUGGCGACACAGCCGCUGUAGCAGGCGAAGCGGCGGGGGAGUCAGACGGUCCUCUGCUGACGGUUGAUGGACGACACAUGGCUCAGGCGGCGCAUGCGUGUGCGCUACUCGCGUUGCGUCGCCAUCUCGAUUUGGCGUCUGUCCUAAAGGAAUGCGCGGCGGCGUCACUGCCGGCGGUGCUGCGGCGGGUGGUAGUGCUUCAUUGCCUUCUGGGACUGGAUCACCUGCACGCGCCUGUGAGACUCGUCUUCGACAUUGUUGGCUACCGGGCCAGCACGCGGGCGGAGGAUGCAGUGCCACAUCCGCCGGGGGCCGGCCAGAACCCCGAGACGGCGUUCCUCACUGCCGUGGCGGCAGAUCAGCAGCACGACGGCAAUUUUGAGACGCGGCAGCGCGGCACUGCGGAGCGUCGCCAGCGCCUGUACGUGCCCAUCGCGCACCAGAGACGGCAGAAGAAGGCGCUGGCGACGGCAUGGGGGCUGUUCAUGCGGGACCAGGAGGCGGCUCUGCCGCCGCAUGUCUCUUGCCUCGUUGCGGAGUCCAUGGUGGAGGAGGGGGUGGGGUCUGAGUAUCUGACAACGGCUCUGCUGUAG